CCAAAUACAUCAGCUACACCAGCAUUACUGAUCCCCUUUGUGCAAACCCUAGAGCAAUUGCUUAAAAGGCAUCCUAAGUUAGAGAAUGAAUGGAAAGAAGGGUAGUAUAAGGAUUGAUAUCUGCCAGCUGACACCAAAAGAUGUGGUGCCUGAAGGUGCAAAGAAGCCAAUCAGUAAAGGAUUGUCCCCAAGGAAAUGGCUACGCGAUGUUUGGGAAUUCGCUAGACAGGAUACAAACAGGGUCACCUUUGCACUCAAGGUUGGCCUUGCUUGCCUCCUUGUGUCACUGCUCAUACUAUUCCGUGCACCCUAUGACAUCUUUGGGGCUAACAUCAUCUGGUCCAUUCUCACUGUUGCUAUAAUGUUCGAGUACACUGUUGGUGCAACAUUCAAUCGAGGAUUCAAUCGGGCCGUCGGAAGUGUACUUGCUGGAGUAUUUGCCAUAGUCGUUAUUCAGGUGGCUAUGUCUAGUGGCCACAUUGCAGAACCAUACAUCAUUGGUUUCAGCAUAUUUCUUAUUGGUGCUGUAACAUCAUUCAUGAAGCUAUGGCCGUCACUAGUUCAAUAUGAGUAUGGUUUUCGAGUAAUCCUAUUCACGUAUUGCUUGAUCAUCGUAUCGGGAUACCGCAUGGGAAAUCCCAUCAGAACUGCAAUGGACAGGCUCUACUCAAUUGCGAUUGGAGCCCUCAUAGCUGUUCUAGUAAAUGUCUUUAUUUGCCCAAUAUGGGCAGGGGAACAACUGCAUAAGGAGCUAGUUAACAACUUCAACUCUCUGGCAGACUCCUUAGAAGAGUGUGUCAAGAAGUAUCUAAGUGAUGAUGGUUCCGAACAUCCAGAGUUCUCAAAGACAGUCAUGGAUAACUUCCCCGAUGAACCAGCAUUCAGGAAGUGCCGGGCUACAUUAAAUUCGUCAUCAAAGUUCGAUUCUCUGGCGAACUCUGCUAAAUGGGAACCGCCACAUGGAAGAUUCAAGCACUUCUUUUACCCAUGGGCAGAGUAUGUGAAAGUUGGCAAUGUUCUUCGGCACUGUGCCUACGAGGUGAUGGCUUUGCAUGGCUGUGUGCACUCAGAGAUCCAGGCCCCAUACAACCUAAGGUGUGCCUUCAAGUCCGAGAUCUCAGAUGCCACAAAGCAAGCCGCGGAGUUGUUGCGCAGUUUGGCAAAGGAUUUAAACAACAUGAAGUGGAGCCUUCAAACUAGCUUACUUAAGCAUGUUCAUGUCUCAACCGAGCGUCUGCAACACUCAAUUGACUUGCACUCCUACCUCUUCACCGCAAGUCAAGAAGACAACCAUGCCAAGCCACAAUUGAAAAUCUCAAGGGUUGUGUCUUUCAAGAACCAGUCUGGUGAGCCAGAAUGCAAGACAAUGGAAAGCACCACACCAAUGGCAAUGGAAGUUGAAUCCUACCAUGAAAUGAUGAAAAGGCAGCAGAGGAAGUUGCAUUCAUGGCCUUCCAGGGAGGUGGAUGAUUUUGAAGAUGACGAAAAUGUUGUUUCUGAUCUCAUUCCGAAGAUGCGUGCACUUGAAAGUACCACAGCGCUGUCCCUUGCUACUUUCACAUCACUACUGAUUGAAUUUGUUGCUAGGCUUGACCAUUUGGUCGAGGCUGCUGAGAAGCUCGCUACGAUGGCUAGGUUCAAGCAGCAGACUGCAAACUAACCAUUCAAUGACAUUGACAGACUAAAGAUUAGCAUAGUUACAGGAUACAUAACUAAGCGCAUACUUAUCUACCUAAAGCAUCCACUGAUGUAAAAUUGUUGUUUGCUCUUUCUUAUAUUAGAAAGGGAGGAAAGUGUGUUUACUUACUGAUAUUUGCCAGUGGAGACAUAAAAUGCAAUAGAAAAUAUUCCUGUUAACCUAAUCCUGUGAAAAUCUAUCUUGCAAGGUGUCUAGCUUUCCGUGACCAAUCUUUUUAGAAUAAUCAGAACAGUGUUGUUCCUUCGAGCCACUUAUGGCAUUGUGCGGGCAACAAUCAAAGUGUCCGU